AUUAAAUGAAAGAAGUAGGCGACAGAUGGAAAGCGACUAGUGGGAGGUACAAUCAUAUUACUAGGAUUAAGAGCCAGAAGUUAGGAGGAGAGUAUAUUACUUCUGAUGGUUACUUUGAUAGUAAGGAACAGAGCAGGAAUUUGUAUGGUGAGAAUGCUGCUUUGUUGAGAGGAAAGAAGGGUCUACAUAGGAUGAAAUCUGUAAAUGGUGAUGGUCAAGAUUGUGAGAUGGUAAGUGAUUCUUUGGAUCAGAUGGAUGAUUUCUCUCAAUUUUCUGUAAAUAUACCACAAGGUGAAACUAAAGAGAAUGAUUUGUUUAACAAAUCUAAGAGUAAUAGCGAUAAUAUGAAGAGUGAAAGUUGUUUAACUAACUUAAAAACGUAUGAAAAGUUAGAUUAUCGCAAUCAAGGACUCUCAAGGCUACCAUCACAUGAAUUGAGUAGUAAGCUACGAUCGAUUAAGAUAUCGUUUAAUUCUCUUAAGAGGUUCCCUGAGAAAUUAUGUGAUUUAAUUUUCUUGAGAUCUCUGUAUAUUGAUAAUAAUCAGAUUGAAAAUCUGCCUGCAGCAAUUGGAAAACUUACCAAUUUAAAGGUGCUUGAUGUGCAUAGUAACUGCAUUGGGGAGAUCCCUAAAGAGAUAGGGCAAUGUGCUAGCCUAAAGAGGGUUAGUAUUAAGAAUAAUAAAUUUACCUCUAUUCCUUCAUCCAUGGGAAAGCUUGCGAACCUAGCAGUUCUUGACAUAGAGUGGUUCAAAUAUUGAAUCCCACCGAUCAGAAUUGCAGAAAAAUAAUGGGAAAAUUAGACAAGAAUCAAUGAAACCAUGAAUUGAGAAAUUUAAAGAACUGUGUAAUAUGUUCGAAGGAUGCGGAAAUCCCACACUGAGCGCCUUCUUGAUCUAUUUCAGUCAAGACUCUGAUCUAAAAUCUGGAAAAGAGCCAGACUACAACCGAAGAGAUAAUCGUAAAAGGACAAUUUUGCAUCGGGCAGCUACUGCGGGGCAUAUUGGUGUUAUCAGAGGACUUCUUAAUAUUGAAAAUAUUGAUCCAAAUAAGCUUGAGAAAGAUCAGUGCACUCCUCUAGGCCUUGCUCUUAGAGACGAUCAUGAAGAAAUAGCUAACAUAUUGAUUGAAAAAGAGAAGGUUGAUGUAAAUCUCGGGGGAGGUUCUUUUGGUGCACCAAUCCAUAUAGCAGUAUCUCGAAAUAAAGUAAAGACUUUACUCAAGCUUGUCAAGAGAAAUGUAGAUAUAAACAAAGUUGACUUUAAGCUUCAGACUCCUUUACAUAUAAUUAUGGAUGUUUUUACCAGAAAUACCAGGCUUGCUGAGGAGAUUACCAGAGUCUUGGUCUUUAAUGGAGCCAAACCAAAUCAGAUGGACUCUGACCAACUAACUCCCUUACAUCAUGCAGUAACAAAGAAGCACCAGGAAGGAGUUGAACUUAUCUGUAAACUCAACAAGGUUCUACAAGCAAGGAAUAAAGAAACGUUUGAUUUUGAUCUUGCUGGAGGAGACAAGGGCUUUACUCCUAUCUAUUAUGCUCUUGAGAGAAGGGCUAUUCCAAUAGCAGAACUCCUCUUUGUAAACGGGGCCAGAGUCUGUCUCAGAUUCCACAACAAGUAUGAGCCCAAGGAAUGGAAAAAGACCGAAACCAGCGUCAGAAGGCAUAUUCUCUGGAAAAUGGAGAAAUUUGAGCUUGAUUUACGUUGAAAUCGGAUAAAAAUGACUCCAAAGAAGAUGAAUGACCCUCAAAUGGUCAAGUCUAUCGAAGGUGAAACUGAAAACUGAUUCACUUGCUACACAAACGUUGGGGACUAUUUAACAAAAUACAGUGAAGUUUAUCGCGAUAAUUACAUCAACCGCCGGCGACACUUUAUUAAGAAAAAUGGUGUUAAAUCUCAACAGAAAAAGCUCUUCACGUACUGCAGCCCAAGUAUGAAGAAAGGUGAUGUUGAAAUUGAAGAUAUCUGUUCUGAAUCAGAUAUUGAUAAGGAAGAGAGCAGAACGAGCAUAUGCUCAGAAAGGAAUAAUGAUACUCCACUAGUGAACAGAAUGAACACGUGUUCACAAAUGAACAUGGAAGCAUUAGCUGUACCUGAGAGUUUAUCUGUGAAUAAUGAUAACCACUUUAAAGGUCUCAACAUCUUUUUAUUAAGAGACCAGAUUCUGUCAACAACAAUCGAAUGUCCAAAUAUUGCGUUUGAAGCAAUCCAGAAUUUAUUUUUAACUGAUUUUGAUAGAACUUUGAAAGUAAAUUUUAAAGCUGUUCUUAAAGACCUUGCCAAAGGACUUGACAUGAUAAAGUUCCAAAGAGUAGUUAUCCGAACUAUUGAUUUACUCCAGAUAAAAGGAGAUGAAGAGAUAGCAGGGAUUUUGGAAUCAUAUCUACAUAAAGCAGAUGAGAAAAGAGAGGUCAUUGAAGUGUUUUGGGAGUAUGAAGAUAGAAGUCUUCUAUUGAAUCCUUAUACUCAAAGAUGACUCCGAUCUUGAAUCAAAAAUAUUAAGAAUAAUUGAGAGAGCUUGAGAAAGGAUGAGAGAGUUCCAUAUAAAAAUAGGUUUGCCCAAAGGAAAGACUCGAGGAAAACUCAUACAAGAUCUGCAAACAGGGCCAUAAAAAUACCAACAAUGAAUUCUAAGCUCCCUUCCAUCUCACUUGCUAUUAAUAGCACUAAGAAGAUACGCCGCAAAGGAACCGAUCUAACCACAUGAAAACCGACGCCUAACGGAAAUUUAUUCGCUUCUAAUAUUCAUAAAUCAUCAGUUUUACCUACAACGGAUUGGAACAGCAACAACUCCUCCGAAACCCCAAGCACCAAAUAAAAUCCCCAAAAACGACUACAACAAAUACCUCCCCCCAAAACUCAGCUACGCCUCCAAAAAGAAGCAAUCCCUCCAUAACAAGCCUCUUUGCCCUAAAACUAUAAGGACUGUUCCUAGAAGUAACUAUAUUCAUUAG